AGAGACCUACGCAGCAGAAAAACGAGCUUUCUAAGUCAGCAAAGUAUAAAAAUAACUGAUGCUUGAUUUUAUCUCGAGUUUCUGAGAUGAUGUGACCAAACUGACCUCUAAUCAGCCCUUCCUGUGACUCCGACCAGGCUUGAAAAAGCAUUACAUAAGGAGAACAGCAGGGCCUUUCUCUGUUUACCAUCUUCUUCUCCCUCUGAUGUGUGCUUGGUCAGCUGCCCAUUUAUUAACAAUGACAGAUUCAGCAGAACGAGGCUGUGUGUCUUUGCUUUUUCUCUCAUAUUCCUGCAGCUUUUUCAGUGCAGCUUCUUUUUGCAUGCAUGACUUUCUUCAUUGCCUCCAUCAGAACGAAAAACACACAGUAGAAAUGCUCCUUUUUAAGACAACUGCACAUUUUUAGAAACUCAGUUACUCAGUUCCAGCCUGGCACAUGGUAUUAACAAGGAAAAUAAAUAGUUUUAUGAUUAUAAUUAGCUGAAAAGCACGACUGGUUGUUUUGCAAAACAAAAUUCAACACUUCAUUAUCCUGCCUAAAGGUUGUUAUUCCUUUACUCCCUCUUGUGCAGAACCUGUUCAAGAAUAUUACCUACAAAUAGUCUUAUUGUGUUGUAAAAAUGCAAUACGACUAUUUGUCUUACUGCAUUUACAGGCUAGAAGAAAAAUAUGGAUUUGAAAGUGAGGAAACAUUAAGUUUUGUGGCUGCAGGGAUUAGUUUCCAUUGCUUGGAUAGAGCGUUGUAGCAGGACAUUCUGCCAUGCCGCUGUCAAAUUUACACACAGGAACCAGAGAGGAAAAAAAUCUUUCAUGCACAGGCAGCAGAACUUGGGAGACUAAAAAUUUACACAAAAAUGGGCUUACUAUUUCUCUUUCUUAAAUUUCGGCUUUGUCGAAAAACAUGAGUUUUUCAAAAUUGGAGUUUUUCCAUUAAACAAAUUUAUUUUUAUAAUUCCAAUUUGAGCUUAUGGUCAAUGCUAGACACACAGCUAUUGAUAAAACUGGACGAAAUACUAAAAUCUGUGAGGAAAUAUUGAAAGUUCCUAACUUCUCCCCUAUUAAAAAGUUAGACGGUUGAAACUUGGACAGAGUUGGGAGCGCCAGCAGGUCAAUUGUCCCAAAAAUAUGUAAAACAAAAUUGACAACUAGCUAACAACUUAGAAUAGAAUAUACUUUAUUGAUCCCCAAAGGGAAAUUGCUUAUUUGUUGAAAGCUACUCCAUCUUGGGUAAUAAAUGCAAAGUUUGUAAAAAUAUAUAUAUACCUAACUUCUGGCCUGAUCUGCCUGAACUCAACCUUACUGAAAAUUUAAGAACAGGCAAUGAACAACACCAAUUCUGCCAAGAAGAGUGGUCAAAUAGCCAGCCAGAAGUUUCCAGGAAACCUCUAUAUUGAUCCCUUACUGGUGACGUCACUCUCAUCCGCCAUGAUGGAAGUCAAAACAACCAAUGCGCUCCUGCAAAGCCCGUCAAAAAACGCACAUCUGUAACCUAGUAUCACUUUUAUUUAGUUGAUUUCGCAGUAAAAAUGGUCACAGGGUGCUGCGUGGUGGGCUGCACAAACAGGACUCAUGGAAAGCAAACUUGUCAUUUUAUUGUAUAACUUUUAACGAGGAAAAAAUGCGGCGGCGAUGGAUAGAAGCCGUCAAUCAUAAUGACUGGCAGCCCUCGGUGUAACCGCGGACUUGUAGCGAACACUUUUUACAAGGCAAACUGGAACAGCAUCACCUGGCAGGCAUCCAAGGACAGAAACCAUGAAAGACAACAACGGUGGAUACGAGAACCAGCUAUUCAAAGAUGAGGACUUCUUGGGAGAGGAGGAAGAAAUGCCUUCAUUUAGAGGUCGUUCAAGAGUUGGCUGUGUGAGAUGCCAGCAAAGCCACUCUCUCCAGCUGGCUGUCAAGGUCCUCUAUGGUUUUGUUGCUUUCCUCAUCAUAACUGUUGCAGUUCUGGCAUCACUGGUGUUUAAAAAGGUGGACAAUUUGUCUGAAGAGGAAUCAGCGCACAACAAGAAGAUUGCAAAAGUUCAAGAAGGAAUAGAGGAUCUGCGGUCUGUGUCGAACAGUUCAGACUGCCUGGACGUCUCAUUCUACAGUGAAGAGAUCAACAGGCUAAAGAGAGAAUUUGAAGAGAUUCAGAAGAUGAUACUGGGUCAAGAGCAGUUUCUGGAUCAGGCGUCCCAAACCCAAACCACCAUAAAAGCAACAAGCAACCAGCUAACAUGGGAAGUCCAAAACCACCUCAUGUCGCUCAAACUCCUCAACCAAUCUCUGGAGAGAUUCACCAAUCAGGUGCAGGGUUGGAAGGAGGUGAUUGAUGAAACGGAAGAAAAGAUGAAAACUAUAACGGAGGAUCAGUACGACGUAAAAGCAACAGCGCAACAAGUCAACACAACAGUAGCACUAAGCACAAUGUGGAUCGAUGCCCUCCAAAAAAAAGCAGAUGAAGAGACUGCUGUCCUACAGACGUUGAUGAGUAAUUUGCAGAACUACAGUCGAGUUCUCAGCGCUAUCAAAUCCAACACCAGCAACACCUCCCAAAAAAUGCGCUCGCUUCAGAGCACCAUCAUAAUAGAUCAGCAGAAAAUGGCCAUGUUCUCGGAUGUGAUCCACGACCUCACACAACAGGUUAUGAACCUCCAGAUGCAGCUCGACAACGUGACGUCGCUAAUGGAUGAAAACGAGGAGAACAUGCACGAUCUUCAGUAUCACUCCAGGUACUACGAGAACCGGACAGGUGAGCGUUUCUCAGCUCUAGAUGGCCGUCUGAACUCCAUCGAGAUGGAGAUCGAAACCAUCGCCUCAAGCAUCAACGCCACGGUCAGCCACGUCCAGAGCAUGUACAAGUACAUCAACGUGGAGAGCUCCUCCUGCAAGAGUCGCCUGGGCAGACACACCGAAGACCUACAGAACAUGAACACCACCGUUUUCUUACUGCUCAACUUGGCCAGCACUCUGAAGCAGCAGAACCUGCUGCUGAAUGUUCGUCUAGACAUGGAUGUGAGGAAUCUGUCGAUGGUGAUGGAGGAGAUGAAGCUGGUUGAUGUUUUCCACUCCAACCUCAUAAAUAAUUUCACUAUUCUUAAAGGCAUCCCUGGGCCACCUGGGCCCAAAGGAAACCGUGGUGAGACUGGCCCAAAAGGACCCAUGGGCCUUACUGGCAGUAAAGGUGACAGAGGCCCAAUAGGAGGCCGUGGAACCAUUGGCGUGAAGGGUGCGCUUGGUGUUAGAGGAUCACCAGGAGAACCGGGCCCUAUUGGCAGCAGAGGGCCCCCAGGUUUAAAAGGAGCCAAGGGGUCAAUCGGUCUUCCAGGCCCCAAAGCGGAAAGGGGCCAGAAAGGGGAAUCGGGGCCCUCUGGUUCUGAUGGCAUCCCUGGGGUUGAAGGACCUCCAGGAAUCCAGGGCCAUGUAGGACUACCAGGUAUCACCGGACCUCCAGGACCGAGAGGAAAACCUGGGCCAACAGGGCCACCUGGACCACCAGGUACACCUGGACCUCCUGGCUUACCGUACAGGCAUGAGCCUCAGCAACAAACCGUGACGCCUGCUGCUGGCUCCAAGAGACAGUGACUCUGAGUAAAGCGUCUGAGUGCCAUGUUUUCAUAUGGAGAAGCUGAGGAAUGACCAUCCUGGAACUAAAAUACUGAUUUUAAUUGAAGACACACAAGAAUUCAUUCAUUGGAUUGUGCAAAGCCAUGAAGACUAAAAAAAAUGCAACACACCGGCUUCACGAUGGAAUUUGACAAAAUGUGGUGAUGAAUGGAAUAAGGAAGACCAAAGCAGCCUUCUAUGGACUCAACUAUUGAGUGAAAUUUUAUCUUUUUCGAUUUGUAGCUUGAGUUUUUCAUAUGGCACAUGUGUAUCAACCAGAUUAACUAAAAAUGAUAAUCUUAAUAGGUUUUUAUUUCAGAAUGUACCAGAAUAAAAGGUUGUGACAUAGAGGUUUGUUAAGUCAAAAAAACAUUUAAAAGUAGGAUGGCAACCACAAAUUUGGAAAUAAUCAAAGUGUCUACUUAUUUACUAUACACAGAAAGAUGUCCAAUUUGAAGCACUUUAUUAUCUCUAAAACGUGAAACCUAAAGAGAUUUCAGAGCGGGAACUCUGAAAACAUUUUUAUUAACUUGCUGGUUUGUAAAGAAAAUGAAGAAAUCACAUUAUUCAAUUUGUUUUCUUUUUUUUAAGAUGUAUUUUUGAUAUAUUACAGCUUGUGAGGUGACACUGACUAACAAUAAAUAAAUAAUCGGGUUUCUCAUGGAAACAACAUGUUA